CGCCCGUGUGGGGCUCCACGGGCGGCCCUGCCUCGGCUCCAGCGGGGCUCCGCUUCGGCCUUCUAAAGCGACGGCGUCAGCUGGGAGUCAAAACCGACGUGUGCUCCUGUAGGCAGGCGGCAGGAGCGUGGAAGUGCUGUAGUGCUGCCCGGGGAGGAUAAUAGCCGGGGGAUUUGAGAGAUUAUGGCAUCUGAAGCUCACAAUGUUAAGAAACAGAAAGUAUUGCAUAUUGAAGGUCGUCCUGUUGAUCUCCCCAGAAAAAGAAUUUCUUCUUCUACUAAAAAGAUCAUGAAGGAGGAUAAGAAAUCUCCAAAACAGCUGGCUUCAUACACAAACAGAAUAACAGUUGGAAAAACGGUGACCAGUCCCUUAUCUCUCUUCAAAGCAGUACAUUGUAAAAGAAAAGUCCAUUGUUAUACUGCAAAGCCUUGUUAUAAGAAGAAACAGUUCCCUAAAUCAAGGGGCUGUAACAUGGCAAAUAAAGAAAAUGAACUGGCUUGUGCAGGGAAUCUGCCAGCAAAACUGAAUGACAGUCGUACACACUUGCUGAAUUCUAGUGACUCUGGUUCAUCUCAAACAGAAGGCCCCUCUUCGAAAUACAGCGCAUUUUUUUCAGAGGUUUCUCAGGACCAUGAAACUAUGGCUCAAGUUCUUUUCAGCAGGAAUCUGAGGCUGAAUGUAGCUUUAACCUUUUGGAGAAGAAGAAGUAUAAGUGAACUGGUAGCCUACCUAGUGAGGAUACAAGAUCUUGGAGUCGUAGUAGACUGCCUUCCUGUGCUUACAAACAGUUUACAGGAAGAAAAACCAUAUAUUUCAGUCGGCUGUUGUGUAGAUCUUUUGCCUUUAGUGAAAUCACUGCUUAAAAGCAAAUAUGAAGAAUAUGUGAUAGUUGGUCUAAACUGGCUUCAAGCUGUCAUUAAAAGAUGGUGGUCAGAACUAUCUGCACAUACAGAGAGGGUGGAGGACGGAAAUAUGAAUAUUUUAAAACAACAAUUAAGUGAAUUAUGGGAACAAGAAAAUCAUCUUACUCUGGUUCCAGGAUAUACUGGUAAUAUAGCAAAGGAUGUAAAUGCUUAUUUAUUACAACUAUGUUGACGUGAUUGAGAAAUGAUGUGCUUAUGUGGUGAAACAAUCCCCUGAAAUGUUCCUGAAGUAUGUACUAUUUCUGAAAGCCUUCUGAGAAUAUUGGUGGAAGAGAACUGAACUGUCAAGCUGUUUAAUGAAACCACUAACGAAAUCCUAACAAUCUACUUCACAUUGAAGUGGAAAAAUGUCUAGUAGGAGCAAGUUUUACUUCAGUGAGGUGAAAGUGCACUAUGAAAACUGUAUGCUUUUGCUGCAUUUGGGAUUCAUUCAGUUACUCGGUAUUCACUGUUUUCCUACAGCAUUGCAUAAAAGAUGAAUUCAACUGGUUCUGCCAUCUUUUCUGACUGACAUUCAUAAAGAACCAACGAAAGCAAUCAGCAUUAAGAGCUUUUAAGUGUUUAUUCACAAGAACUCCAAAAUGCACAACUAUCUUCCAACUAUAUUAAAGACAACUCUGAAAUAUUCAAUUACUACUUUGUUUUAAUUGAAACUAAAGACAUUUUUGUUUGCACUAUUGAAAAAAUAUACAACAACAAUGCCUUAAUUAAUAGUGUUUGAAAAAGCCAAUGUGUUGAGAUGCAAGUAGCUAUUAUGUUCAGAUUGUGAUGAAAAACUGCUAAAAAAAAAAAUCAGGGUUUCACAUUGUGUAGUUGUUCAUGAAACAUUGCACAGGUACAAAAAAUCACGUAUGACAAAUAUAAAUACCUAAAGUUAAGCUUGGAUAAACAGUUACUACAAAUGUGAGCAGAAUGGUGAAUAUGUUUAACAAAUGUUUUUAUAUUGUAUGUGGAUUUCUAACAUGAUAUCUUGUUCUGUAUCAUUUAAACUACAUGCAAAUAAGUAAAUAUAUUAAAUGUAUCUACUGUUUUUCUUCUCAAGUUCAUAAAAAUAAUUUCUAGAACAACUUCUUCCACAGUACUUUCUAUUGUAGAUAUUUAUAUCUAUUAUUUGUGAAAUGUUUACAGCCAGACAAGGCCAUUGUUAUUCAAGUCACAUCAUUCAUGUUCUACCUCCUUUAAGAAACUGACAAAAAACUUUUGCAAAAUCAGUCAAUUACUAAUCUGAUUUAAUGAUGUCAAAUUAGUACUACUUUAAACCGAAAAAAAAAAAAAGCAUUGAAAAAACAGUCAGCUUUUACUCUCCUACUGCUGUCCUUUGCUAUUUUAAUUUAAAAGCUACACAUUAGUAGCUCUGAGGGAGUUUUGAUUUUUAGGUUUGCUUCUCUAUUUUUAUCUUCUGGUUAGGAAGCAUGCUUUUCCAAUUAAAGCAUAUGAAGUGCCAGUUUUUCACUUAAACAGAAAACAACACCAAAUCAACUUUCUAAAAAAUGAAAAAAGAAUGAUCAAUACUUGGAAGGGUUAUAUUCAUGCCUAGCAUUAAAUGAAUGCACUUUUACUGAAAUGUCAGGCAAAAGACUAGUGUGUUUUGUUUUGCGUUUUUUUUUUUACUUUACAGAUGAAACUAAUGAAAUUUAAACUCGUAGUGAUCAACAGCUCUAGGCCUCCUGUUACUUCAUUUAUAUUUGAUAUAUACAAUGUUAUUGCUGAUUUCUGAAGGCCAAUUAGAAAUCUGUCAUCAGAACUUGGUGCUCUUUGGUUAUUAGAAUAUUCUUUAAACCAUCAAAUGUUUUGUGCUACAGGCCAUCAACUACAGGGAAGAAUGUUUGAGACAUCCCAAGAUUGAAACUUUCAUUGGGACAAUUUCCUGAGAUGCAUAGCACAACGUAGCUGGAAUUAUGCAUAAGUGGAGGUAUUUCACACUGCAAAGAUCUUGAGGCAGAACUUAGUGUUUCUCAGAAUAUUUUUUCUGUCAAGUAAAAAUUGAACUACAAUACAAUAAUGUUAUUUUCUUUAUUGUUCUUUGGAGCACUGAAAUAUAAAGCUAACAAAGGCUGACUUUGCAGUUUGGGAGGUAACUGCUGGAGCUCUUAUGUGGCUUCUCAAGGAGCAUACUAUUAAGGUGAUGGAAACUCAGUUUUUAAUUUAUCCUGUUUUGUUUAUUUUAAUAGACAAGGUGAAAAAAUUCAUGGCCGUAUAAUUUAGACAAUAGAAGAAGUAAUCACGAAUUAAAAUGAAAUUGCUACUAUUCAAAAACUCAGCUUAAUAAUAGAUGUGAACACAGUCUUAUACUGAACUCUGCAUAUGGCCAUGGAUUUUACAAUAUAUAGCUGUGGAUGGUGCUUUUUUUUAAUGACAAGGUAAAAUUGUCCUUAGGAUUAUUAUUGAUGAGUAAUAAAAUAAUGGAUUUUUUAACUGCCAAAAGUUGUAUUUUGACAGCAUUGAUAAUACAAUAUUAAACUUUAAGUCAUUAGUAUCUGUGCCUUAUUUAAAAUGAUCUUGUUUGUUCAGAAAGCUUUUACUUGAAGAGUAAACUAGGACUCGCCCUUCUCCUAGGCUGGAGUUACAGAAGCCUUCUGGGGAAUUGCCUCAAAUUUAAAAUGUUUAAAUAGAUAAAUAUUUACAAAAAAUAUAAAUAUAUAUAAUGUAACCAUCAGAGUUUAGGCAGUGCUGAAGAGUGGAGACUGAAAAAGCUACCCCAUUAAUGAGCUGGGUAUAAAGAAGCUAGCAUAACCUAACCAUUAUGUAUAACCCCAUUUGGAAGGAGUCACACCUGCUUCUCAGUGAAGAGUAUUCUGCAGUGGAACACCCUUAUAUCACACGUAGGUACUGCUGUUCCAGGCUAUAUAGUAGUGCUGACAAAUCAUUGGUAUUAAAAAAUUAGCAUCAACUUUUCAGGAGCUUAUCUUCUGCAGGGAGAUGUAAUUUAAGUCAUCUUUCUGUUUCUGUGGGCUGCCUUAUUGUUAUCAGAGGGUGUGGUUUUAAUACUUGGGUAGCAAGAGAGGUGAGAGAAUAGGAAAGGCCAAAAAAUAUCACCCCAUGCCCUCAACUGUGUGACAUCAGUCCCAUUACUUUAUUUUGUGUAUCCUAAAGUAACUUGUAUUUUCUUUUUCUGCUAUCUGAAGUAGGCAAAUUUUGUAUUUUAUCUAUUGCAUUGAAAACCAAUAAAAUUUUUCAAGACAGA